AUGUCGUACUACGAUGUGGACGCCAUUCUAACCGACUCACAGAAGCUGCCUUGCACGUUUGAGCUCGAUGUGCCUGGACUGGGGUAUAUUGAGGGCAAUGCUGGUGGGACGGUGAAAGCCGGCACGAAAAUUGAUCUACCCAUGUGGUUGGGUAUCAUGCUGGCAGUGUCUACUGGGAACUCUCCAGGAUCUCUUCGCUUAGUUACCUUGGAUUUUCCCGUGCCUCUCCAGCAGCGAGUCAUCAAUGCUUUGAAGGCAGACCCCAAAACCAUCGAUCUCCGCGCUCAAGCACCGCACUUCUAUGCUCUUAGUGCACGGAUUAUGGAGUUGUUCGAUGACCGUGCGGUGCUGGAUACUCUGUUAGAUACCUUCAAAGAGCGGGCAGCUGAAAUUGCUGAUCAAGCGCACAACCCUAGAGGCGCGAUAGGAGACGGCGCAGAGUUUCUGAGGGGUCUGGAUGAAAACGAGCGACAGCUGUUUAAAGCAGCGCACGAGGGCCCUAAAGCCGUGCGAGCGUGGACGCAGGAUUUGAAGAAGAAUACAUGA